CCCAGGAAGGGGAGGAGUUCUUCCUGGCGCGGAGGCCACCGUCGCCACGGCAACGCUGCUUUACUGGGCCCAACGGAUUACGCGGCCUGGGGCUGCAGGCGGCCGCGUGGCCUGAGGGGGCAGCGCCAGCAGCAUGGACAGCUUGUACGUGGAGGAGGUGGCCGCCUCCCUGGUCAGGGAGUUUCUUAGCAGAAAGGGGUUGAAGAAGACGUUCGUGACCAUGGACCAGGAGCGCCCCCGCUGUGAGCUCAGCAUCAACAGCAGAAAUGAUCUCCGCAAAGUUCUCCACCUGGAGUUUCUCUACAGGGAGAACAAGGCAAAGGAAAAGCCUCUAAAAACAAACCUCGAGCUCAUUACCAGAUACUUUCUGGACCAUUCUGGGAGCACAGACAACUUAAACCAAGAAGCCCCGAUCCCCGCACUCCCGGUUCCAAAGAAAAAUAAUAAAUUGUCUUCGAGGUGCUCAGAGACCACACUGGUGAAUAUAUACGAUCUUUCAGAUGAAGACACAGGAAGACGAAUGUCCUGGUCAGAAGCAGGCAAAGCCAGGCAUGACAAUCAUGAUGGGGACAUACUUGGUAAUUUCAUAUCACCCAAAAAAAGCCCACACAAAAGUAAGCCUGCAUACACGGUCCUGGGUGACAGCCUCCCUUUGGUUUCUGCGUGGGAGAAGGUGGAGCAGCUUCACUCAUCAGAGCCUGGCACAGAUGUGAAGAAGUCAGCGGAGAGGACCAGGCCAAAGUCUGGCCUGAUCGUCCGAGGCAUGAUGGCCGGACCUGUUGCCAGCUCCCCGCAGGACUCUUUCCGCAAGCGCUCUCUGAGACGGUCCUCAUCCUUGAACAGGAAGCUCCAUGCCCCAGAGGAAAGUCAGCAGCCGUCUGAGGCUCUCGUCCACACUCCAGCCUGUCCAGGCCCACAGGAGGUCCCCACUUUGAGUGGUGACUCCAUCUCCAGGAGCCCUCUGGGCCAGCUGAAUGAGCUGCCUGUGGAGAAGCCAAAUGCCACUUCCAGCAGCCAAGAGCUGUCCCAGAGAAACAGGCCCAGGCUCAGAAGUGUUUUAGAGGACGGCCCGUCGGGAUACAGCCACACAGAAACCAGCACAACACCUUCGAAGCUGUACUUGCCUGACGGGAGUUCCGGGAUGACCCAGGAGCAGCUGAAAAGAGCGUUCAAGCGGCAGGGCAGCCAGCCCCCAUCUCUCAGGAAAAACCAGUUGGUGUCUGACAAGGCCGAUGAUAAGCCAGAUGCCCUGUGGCUAGAGGAUGUUGAGGAUGAACUCAUAAAGGAAGACAUUGUCCUGUCCCCACUUCCAUCAAUGCUCAAGCUGCAAACUGUAUCAAAGCCAAUUGAUCUCUCAUUGGCAAAGGAGAUGAAGACCCUUCUGUUUGGCUCUACCUUUUGCUGCUUCAGUGAAGAGUGGAAACUUCAGAACUUUUCCUUCAGUGACAUGGCCUCAUUAAAAUAUGGCAUUGUGCAGAACAAGGGUGGUCCCUGUGGGGUUCUGGCGGCUGUUCAAGGCUGUGUGCUGCAGAAACUCCUGUUUGAAGGAGACAGCAGAACCAACUGUAAUCUCCGGCUGCAGCCCUCAGACGCUCAGAGGACCCACUGCCUUGCCCUGGCCAUUGCAGACAUCCUGUGGCGCGCCGGAGGGAGAGAGCAAGCCGUGGUUGCGCUGCCUUCAGGAACGCCACACUUCAGUCCAACAGGGGAAUAUAAAGCAGAUGGAGUCUUAGAAACACUCACACUGUAUAGUCUGACCUGCUCUGAGGACCUGGUGACUUUUCUCCAGCAGAGCAUACAUCAGUUCGAAGUGGGACCCUAUGGUUGCAUCCUGCUCACCUUGUCUGCCAUCCUGUCCAGAUCGCUGGAGCUUGUCCGCCAGGACUUUGAUGUGCCCACCAGCCAUCUGAUUGGAGCUCACGGAUACUGCACACAGGAACUCGUCAAUCUUCUCCUGACCGGGAGAGCCGUGUCCAAUGUUUUCAAUGAUGUAGUGGAGCUCGACUCAGGCGAUGGGAACACCACGCUACUCCGAGGCAUCGAGGCACGCAGCGACAUCGGUUUCUUAUCUCUCUUUGAACAUUACAAUGUUUGCCAGGUCGGCUGUUUCCUGAAGACUCCGAGGUUCCCCAUCUGGGUGGUGUGCAGCGAGAGCCACUUCAGCGUUCUCUUCAGCCUACAGCCAGAACUCCUGUCCGACUGGAGGGCGGAGCGGCUCUUUGACCUGUAUUACUACGAUGGCUUGGCCAACCAGCAGGAGGAGAUUCGGCUGACUGUGGAUACCACCAAGAACACCCCAGAGGACAACUGUAGAGACCUUGUCCCACCCCUUGAGCUCUGUAUCAGAACCAAAUGGAAGGGAGCAUCCGUGAACUGGAAUGGCUCAGAUCCCAUCCUGUGACCCUUGGAUACAUCAAGCUCCCUGGCUUCAUCACUCAUCACUGGGAUGACCUUUGGACCACAGGUCAUAGGGCCAAGUCUCUUAGAGGAGUCGCCUUGCCUGAGUUUGCAUGCCCACAGCGUCAUGCAGAGCCUUCCAGAUUCUUCCAUGAAGGGCUGUGAUAGGGCCUGGUGCACUGCUGACACAGCUGUGACUGCCAUCGACAGGAAGGACACUGAAGACUCUGCCUUCUGUCUGCAUCCUUCCUGGAUAGCCCUCUCUCCAAGGCCUCUGGUGUGGCUGGCCUUGGGAACUCUGGACACUUGUUACUACAGCUUUCAUAAAGCAAAAGUCAAGCUUGUGA